AUGGCAAGCGCGACAACUCCAACCGCCUCACCCCCAAAGCCGCCCCGCCACGAAUCACCAGCCAAGAAAGCCGAAUCGCCCCUUCCAUCUCCUUCUCUACACUCGGAGCAGGCAGAAUCAGACAUCCUACCUCAUAGUCCUCUGAAGUCUGUGGCCUACAAGAGGAUGGCAGAUACUCAGAGCAGUAUCCCCAAGCCGCCAGGCACCACCAGAGUCGCCCAGGUCAAGACACCAGAACCGCGCAUUCUCAAGGAGCGUUCCAACGGGAACAUCGCUGAAAGAUCGCCCAGCACACCUGGACACCUGGCGCCUUUUGACUGGGAAGAAUUUGAGGCUCGCUAUCAGGAGGCUCUUGCCAAAGCGAACGGGGAGGAGCAAGAGUUGUUGGCUGAGUUUGAGAACCUGAUCAAAGAACGUUUACUCUUCUUCAAUGUCUGGGCAUCAUCAGCUUCCGUCCAUGAUACCGAACGGGGAGUCAAGCGACUUCAAACAAGAGAGCGAUAUGUGAAGAUUGCUGAGCAGAAUUUGGCGCAGAAGAAGAAGCACCUCACCGAGGUGGUGCGCGCAUUUCAAAGUGCCCUGGCGCUCCUGAGUCAGAACUAG